GGGCUAAAUCUGGGGAACACUUCAUUGACGAAUCUCGCGUCAAAACGGUGAAGGUCUACUUGUUCUCGUCUUGUCUUCUUGUUCUUCGCUGCUUCAACCAAUCACUGAUCGAUCAGAAUGAUAGACCUAUCUACCCUAUCUCCUGUGCAGCUCACCGUAAUGGGAUCGGCCUUUUGUGUGAUGGUGACUUUACACUUCUCGGUCCAGCUUAUGUCUCAGCAUUUGUUUUACUGGAAAAACCCAAGGGAACAGAAGGCAAUCAUUAUGAUUAUCCUUAUGGCUCCAAUCUAUGCGGUUAACUCUUUCGUGGGUUUGUUAGAUGCCAAGGGGAGCAAAGGGUUCUUUAUGUUUUUGGACUCGAUCAAGGAAUGCUAUGAGGCACUUGUCAUUGCGAAAUUCCUGGAAUUGAUGUAUAGUUACUUGGACAUAUCGAUGACCAGACACAUUAUCCCGGAUGAAAUCAAAGGGAGAGAAAUCCACCAUUCCUUCCCCAUGACUCUCUUUGUGCCCCGUACAACCCGUCUAGAUCACCGUACGCUGAAACAACUCAAACAAUGGACAUGGCAGUUUUGUGUAAUCCGGCCAGUGUGUUCCAUCUUGAUGAUAUCACUGCAAAUUCUGGGGGUUUAUCCUGCAUGGUUAAGCUGGAUCUUCACCAUCAUUUUGAACGUGUCGGUUUCGCUGGCCUUGUAUUCUCUGGUGAUAUUUUACCAUGUUUUUGCCAAGGAGUUGGCCCCUCAUAAGCCACUUACAAAGUUCAUGUGCAUCAAAGGGAUCGUUUUCUUCUGCUUUUGGCAGGGUGUAGUGCUGGAAAUACUCGUGGCGAUGGGUGUUAUCCGAUCCCAUCAUUUCUGGUUGGAAGUGGAGCAGCUCGAGGAAGCGCUCCAAAACGUUUUGAUAUGUUUAGAAAUGAUCGUCUUCUCGGUUCUUCAGCAAUAUGCUUUUCAUGUUGCUCCUUACAGUGGGGAAACCGAAGCCAAGAUGAGAAUCAACAAGAAGAAAGACUGAUUUUGGGGAAAGACCUUUUAAAGAAAUUAGCCUAGAGUUUGCAAAUGAGGAAGAACAGAGAAGUUGGAUCUGGUGAAAAUGAAGAUUGGUUGAAACAGAGAAAGUAAUAGAGAAUAGAGAUGUUUGUUCUUGAAGAGUCUUUGGGUAUGUAGAUGUGUUCUCUCAAUCUCCAGUUCCAAAACAUUGGGAACAAGAAUGAAUUGUGUGUUGCGCUGAUAGGAAUAAAGGAUUGCCCAGAGGUUGUAAAUUCCGGUUUGGUUUGGUUUAGCUAAACCGGUGAAUUAGAAGACUGAAUCAAUUAACUCGGUUAGUACUUUGGUUUA